AUGUCUGUAUCAACGCCAACAGUUGCAACAGGUGGUACGCCGACAAUUCAUGAAGAUAUUGGUAUUAAUAGCAACCAUCAGAACAACAAUACCAAUUCGGUGAAGGAAAUCAGCAAAACCAGUAAUAACAAUGGUGGAGGAAACGUUGGGUUUCCUCAGGAUAAGCGAUUGGAUAUUGAAUCUAUGAUUAAUGAAUUUAAUGAAGUUUUAAGCAAAGAGCAUUGGGCGAAAUAUGCCAGAGUGAUUUCGUUAUUCAUACUCGGAAAAUUGUCCAGAAAGGAAUUGGUCAAUGAAUUAGACUUACUAUUUAAACCUACCCAAGAACAGCCGAAUAUUAAACCAAGAGAUUUAAUACGAUUGCAUAACCAACUUUUACUAUCGAUAUUCACUAAUUCUCUUAGAGAAACCACCGACGAUGAUCCACAAUCAUCGAAAUGGGGGUUCCAGAACGGUUCUCAACAACAGAAUAAGAGAAGAUCAAACAAGCCCAACUCGCAGAUCGAAUUAUACAAAAAAAUUGUUGUUUCCCUACCGUUAUCGGAUAGACAACGAUUAAAAAUGAUAACAAAGGAAGCAGGAAAACGAGGAUUUGUAUUAUGUUCAGUGCUACAGGCUAGAUUGAGACAGAUACCGAAAUUACCUUGCGUCUUCAACCAGGAAACUGCCAAGAGAAUUCAGCAACAAGAUCUGAAGGGCCCACAGGAAUGGUCCCAAAAGAUCAUGAAUGGUUUCAAAACACAACUUUCUACCGAGUCAUAUGUUUUACCGGAUAAUGAGUCUCUUUAUCUUCGAAUGCUAGGAAUUGCAAGAGAAAAUGGAAUUGUUGGACAGAUAGAUUCGCGAUGUGUUGAUAUCGUAUCACUUGCAUUAGAGUAUUAUCUCAAGACAAUUAUUGAAUCCACCAUAGAUACAGUAAGAUACAGAGAAAAGAAAUACUCGGACUUCUACGACCUAAACGAUGACGGGUUCCAACAAGCAUCUAGUGCGUUAGCAAAUAGUAAGACUGAGAGUGAUAAAGCGAAGGAUAUUACUGGUAACAGAACUGUAUCCAUUACAAAUGAAGACGCUUUGGACUCGUUCACGAUAUUCCCCAACGUUGUUGAUCCAACAGGUGCAUACCUUGGAUUAACUACAAAUGGGUUGGUAAAUGACGAUGAGAUCGUUCAUUUCAAAAGUCCUGUCGAUGAUCUAUUUCAUUAUAAACGGGAAAAGCCUAACUUCACUCCCCUUGACGAAAAGAAUAUGGGAAGCCGGGAAGAGCUUAACUGGCUAAUUAAAGAUAUUCUUACAAAGAAAUAA